GUCCCGCGCGGGAGCCGCAGGGAUACUGGUCGGCAGGGGGCGACAAAGGGCAACUUGAGCCGCCGGGACGCGGUUGUGGAGGCCCCAGGGCUGCCGGGCAGUAGCGAUUUCCGGGACGGCCGGGCGGCCAAGUUCGGUGACCUUUCUAUGGCGUGUGCGGUCGCCGAGGCCGCCCCGCGUCUGACAUCCCCGGGGCAGUGGGCUCUCCUCGUGUGGCCUGGCGCCUGAUUGCUGGCCCACCCCACUCUGCCAGGCCUCAGUUCCUAGUCUCUGAGGGUCUGGGCUUCUGCAGGGACGUAGGAGUAACAAAAUGCCCCCUCCGCCCGUGUCCCCCCAUUUUUUGAGGUCUUGACCUCUACCUCCCAGAGCUCACGCUGCCUCCUCCAGGAAGCUUGUCCCGGAGCCCUGGGACGAGACUCGAGCCCCACCCCUGACCCCCGUGCUCUCGGGCCCACAAACAGGUCCCUGGGCCUUGACGCAUGGUCAUCUGGGGACCCCUGUCCCAGAACGCAGAGCCUGGGCAGAGCCCCCUCCCCAGCCAUGGCCCCAGGUUCGUUGGGGGUCCUGAGGCUGGUAAAGGCCGCCUUUCGUCAGGCUGAGACCGUGAACUUGGCACGGGCCAUCACCACCCACAGCUGACUAGGAGGAGAUGCAAAGGGAGAGGCCCCUGCCGAGGCCUGAGGUCCCCGUGAGGCGCGGGGGCUGGGGAGCCGAGAAGCCGACCUUGAUGGAAGGCCGACCUUGAUUAAUUAAGGUUUUGCUGUAAGAACAGAUGCUACUCACGCGCCAUCUCCCUGUUCCGGCCCCUCCCACCACGCCCUGGAGGCAUUUCACUGUGUCUGUCCCAUCUUCCACACUGCCGCUGCGGGCAUGGUCCCACCGUAGGGACUCGGUGCCAGGUUGUGCACCUCUAAACUUCAUGCCUGGUGACUCCAUUUCCAAGGCUGAGGGGUGGUGGCAAUGGGGUGCCCUGGGGUUGUGGAGGUGGAGUUUUGCUCACCUCUGGGAUUCAGGAAGGUGCCCUGGGCAUGAGGCCAAGGAGAGAAGUCAGAGGGUGUUUUUGUCCUUCUUCUUCUCCUCCCCCUUUUGUUCCCUUUUAGGCUUUUGGCCACCUAAAGUUUUUGGGUUUUGUCUCAGGCUGAUAAGAGGAAGUGGUGGCGGCAGGGUAGAGACGGGGUUUUCACCGUGUUAGCCAGGAUGGUCUUGAUCUCCUGACCUCGUGAUCCGCCCUCCCGCCUCGGCAUCUCAAAGUGCAGGGAUUACAGGCGUGAGCCACGGCGCCCGGACUUCCUUCUUUUUUAAGCAAAGCCUGUUAGAAUGGCUUGGAUCUCGAGGUGGCGUCUUACCCGACCUCCGAGGGCUCUGCAGCCGCUGCGGGAGAAUGACCCUGUCGGUAUUUUUGAGGCUGCUUUGAGCGCGGCCCCCUGCCAAGUACCCGGCCAUCAAGGCCCUGAUGCGGCCAGACCCGCGCCUCAAGUGGGCGGUGCUGGUGCUGGUGCUGGUGCAGAUGCUGGCCUGCUGGCUGGUGCGCGGGCUGGCCUGGCGCUGGCUGCUGUUCUGGGCCUACGCCUUUGGUGGCUGCGUGAACCACUCGCUGACGCUGGCCAUCCACGACAUCUCACACAACGCGGCCUUCGGCACGGGCUGUGCGGCGCGCAACCGCUGGCUGGCCGUGUUCGCCAACCUGCCCGUGGGUGUGCCCUACGCCGCCUCCUUCAAGAAGUACCACGUGGACCACCACCGCUACCUGGGCGGCGACGGGCUGGACGUGGACGUGCCCACGCGUCUGGAGGGUUGGUUCUUCUGCACGCCCGCCCGCAAGCUGCUCUGGCUGGUGCUGCAGCCCUUCUUCUACUCGCUGCGGCCGCUCUGCGUCCACCCCAAGGCCGUGACCCGCAUGGAGGUGCUCAACACGCUGGUGCAGCUGGCGGCCGACCUGGCCAUCUUUGCCCUCUGGGGGCUCAAGCCCGUGGUCUACCUGCUGGCCAGCUCCUUCCUGGGCCUGGGCCUGCACCCCAUCUCGGGCCACUUCGUGGCCGAGCACUACAUGUUCCUCAAGGGCCACGAGACCUACUCCUACUAUGGGCCUCUCAACUGGAUCACCUUCAAUGUGGGCUACCACGUGGAGCACCACGACUUCCCCAGCAUCCCGGGCUACAACCUGCCGCUGGUGCGGAAGAUCGCGCCCGAGUACUACGACCACCUGCCGCAGCACCACUCCUGGGUGAAGGUGCUCUGGGAUUUUGUGUUUGAGGACUCCCUGGGGCCCUAUGCCAGGGUGAAGCGGGUGUACAGGCUGGCAAAAGAUGGUCUGUGAGCCCGGGCUGCCUCCUGGUGGUGGCCAUUGUCCCCCAUCGGCCCCUCAGCCUUGCACCCCAGCACUGAGAAGCUGUAUUUCCUUCCUGUGCUCUGGACUGCUGCCCUUGUCCCCGAGGAGUGUCCCGCGCAGCCACACCUGGCAACAGCAGUGUGGGCUGCAGGGCUCCGUCUGCACGUGGACUUGCCCUGGACCUUGAGUGUGGCCCUCCCUUUCUGGGCCUCCCCAGGUGAGGCCUGGCCCUGCCCCACCAUGACCUGGGUGCUCUGAGCCCACGGUUCCCACGGAGCUGACUUCUCUGGGGUACCUGUGCCCUACAUUAAACCCGGCGUUUGUUUCACA